UGAUGUAUCGGUGGGUUGCGGCAGCAGUAAGUCACUACAGUCCUCGACGCGCGCUCAUCAUGUUUUGACCAUAGACUGAAAUGUCGCAAUGCCCGAGGAUCAGAACCCGCUAGCGCGUGGGGAUCGUAGAAGCGCAGAAUGCAUGUUUGCGAAAGCUUCCUGGUUCUCGUGUGAAACACCAUCUGCGAGACGCGACGCAAGGGGGAUUGUUUCGCUAACAGCUCCUUUUUUGGACGCGCGCAGAACGCGUCUUCCGCCCGUGCUGGCUGUUGAGCCGGUGGGUGACCGUGCGUGGAUACGAUCAUGUGGCGGAGCGGAUGCCGCUCAUGCUGGACGCGGGCGCGAUGUCAGGACAGCGGGGUCGAUCCGGAGCGCGAGCGGCUCUGGGCCGAGCUCUUCGAGCAGCUGGAUCUGAACAAGAACGGACUGAUCGAUGUGAACGAGCUGCGGGUCGGACUCGCCGCCCGGGGGCUGUCGUGGAGCUCGGUGGAGGAGCAGAUUGUACGAGCUGGAGACGUUAAUCUCGAUGGUCAGCUGGAUUUUGAAGAGUUCACGGAGUAUCUGCGAUCACACGAGAAACGCCUUAAACUCAUGUUUCGCAGCUUGGACCGCAACAACGACGGUCAGUUGGACGUGGGGGAGAUCCAGCAGUCGUUACACAAUCUCGGCGUGGACGUCACGUUGGAGCAAGCUGCCAAAAUACUGCAAAGGUGUGUGUGUUACUUAGCAUAUGUGCAAAGUGCUUUCAGGCGUGAUUCAGUUGUGACAUGCCGAACUUGUGAAAUGUGUUCCCACAGUAUGGAUAAAGACCAUUCCUUGACCAUCGACUGGUUCGAGUGGCGAGAUCACUUCCUGUUUAACCCUCUGCACAACAUGGAGGAAAUCGCUCAGUACUGGAAACACUCGGUGAUGUUGGACAUCGGAGAGCUUCUGACGGUCCCAGACGAGUUCUCGGAGAAGGAGAAGCAGUCAGGGUACGUGUGGCGGCAGCUGAUGGCAGGAGCUGUGGCCGGAUCGGUGUCCAGGACAGGAACCGCGCCGCUCGACAGACUCAAGGUGUUUCUGCAGGUGCACGGCCAGAGCUCUGAUAAGGGGACUGUGUGGCGCGGUCUGCAUGCGAUGGUGAAGGAGGGCGGCCUCACUGCGCUGUGGAGGGGGAACGGCAUCAAUGUGCUGAAGAUCGCACCGGAGACAGCCAUCAAAUUCCUGGCCUAUGAAAAGAUUAAGUGCUUGAUGAGAGGCAGAAAUGAAGGAGGAACUCUGAAAGUUCAGGAGAGAUUUGUGGCUGGAUCACUGGCUGGAGCGACGGCUCAAACUGUCAUAUACCCAAUGGAGGUGCUGAAGACUCGUCUCACUCUUCGUAAAACGGGACAGUAUUCAAGUGUGGCGCACUGUGCUAAACAUAUCCUGCAGAAGGAGGGCAUUCUGGCAUUUUAUAAAGGAUACCUGCCCAACAUGCUGGGCAUCAUCCCGUAUGCUGGCAUAGAUCUCGCCGUCUACGAGACACUGAAGAACGCCUGGCUGCAGCAGCACACGGAGGGAUCUCCCGAUCCGGGCGUCCUGGUGCUGGUGGGCUGUGGCACAGUGUCCAGCACCUGCGGACAGCUGGCGUCCUACCCGCUCGCCCUCAUCCGAACACGCAUGCAGGCGCAGGCGUCAGUGAAGGGAGCUCCUCAGUUGUCCAUGCUGACCCUCUUCAGGAGUAUCGUGGCCCAGGAGGGUGUGGUGGGACUCUACCGAGGCAUCGCGCCAAACUUCCUCAAGGUCAUCCCGGCGGUCAGCAUCUCCUACGUCGUCUACGAACACAUGAGGAAAGUACUGGGAGUGGGAACCUGAGAGAGAAUGAAAGAAAGACAGCUCAUGUGUGUGUAGAAAAGACUACAACAAUCAUAUCCGGACAAGAGAGGUCAAAGACUUGUUUAUUUAAGCCUACAAUAUAUUCAAUCACUGCAGUGAUGUUCACCAAAAACAGUGAAUGUGAGGAAGAACGAUGAACUGAAUCCGAACACUGAAUUAUGCAGAAUGUAAGAGGUUCUGUUCUGACCCUUUCCUGAAUUACUGAGGUUCAUGAUGUGCUCUCCGUGUGUGUUGUUGGUCAACAGGGCCCUGAUAUUCGGAUAUUUAGGGUACGGCUCUCUGGAUGCGGUAAAAUGAAUGCUUGCGUGUGUGAGACUGUGUGAGCAUGUGCUGUACUGUACUCUUUGUUUAUCCCUGUGCACACUACUGAACUCCAAAUGGGAAUGGGCAAUAAACUAACUUCCUCCUUUUGAACUUACA